AUGGCAACACGAGACCCUGGAAAAGGCGUUCAAGAAGCUCUCAUCUUUAGAGAUACCCCCGCCGAGCCGCACACAUACAAAGGUCUCCCUAAGGACGACAACGGCGCCGCAGCACCUUCUUCAGAGAGACCUGGAGAUGACGAUGACUUUGAAAGCCUGAACGACUUCGAGCUGAGACUGAUGCACUGGAUUGAACAGAUGAUGUUCGUGAGUGGUGAAACGGCCGAGCCAAGCGCAGAGACCACUUGGAUGAUUGAAGAAAUCGUCAGAGAGCAAGUUAUCGAAAUGCUGACCCAAGCAACGGCACUCGCAAACCGUCGAGGGUCCAAGACCAUCUCGAUCGCCGACCUCAUCUUUCAGAUUCGCCACGACAGAGCCAAAGUGUCCAGACUCAAGACUUUCCUCUCGUGGAAGGAUGUCCGCAAGAAUGUGAAGGACUCGGAUGACAAAGGUGGGGGUGAUGCCGCUGAAGUCGGCGACUUCGACGAGGCCUCCGGAGGUGUCAACCCAUCCGCGCCGCAAAAAACUACCGCGAACAAGAAAGCCAAACUAGUCUUGCCCUGGGAAAUCCAAUCAUUUUACGCAGAACAAGUGCCCGAGAGAGACGACGAGGAAGACGAAGAGGAAGAGGAGCAGAACGAGGCUACCCUCGCCCGCCUCGCCUCGGCCGACGAGCGCACCAAGAACAUGACCAAGGAUGAGUAUGUCUACUGGUCCGACUGUCGUCAGGCCAGCUUCACAUUCCGCAAGGGCAAGCGAUUUCGCGAAUGGGCCGGGUUUGGGACGAUCAUUGACAACAGACCAAACGACGAUGCAGUGGAUAUUCUCGGCUUCUUGACGUUUGAGAUUGUCCAGACCCUCACCGAGGAGGCGUUGAAGGUCAAAGCUGCGGAAGAUGUCGCCAAUAAAAAACAGAAUGGUGGUCGGGGCGAUCAGGACGCGUCGAAGAAACGGAAGAGAGAAGGGUGCAGUCUGUUCGAGAUGCCCGAGGAAGGCAGGACACCGGUCGAACCCAAACAUGUCCGAGAGGCAUUCCGAAGACUGCAGACGGUGCCUAACAAGUACAAGUUCAUGAGACAGGGCUUCGCUGGGAUGAGGACACCACUGAGGUUGAUUUGA